CCCCGCGAGAGGGAGGCCCCUUCCCAAGAUGGCGGUGCCGGCAUGUGCCGGCGACUUGCGCGCUGCGUGACAUGGAAGGCCCCCAGGAUGGCGAUGCUGGCGGAGCCCCGUAGAAAGCAGAAGUGGUCUGUGGAUCCCAGAAACAGCGCCUGGAGCAAAGAUGAUUCCAAAUUUGGUCAGAAGAUGCUGGAAAAGAUGGGAUGGUCUAAAGGAAAGGGUCUUGGGGCUCAGGAACAAGGAAGCACAGAACAUAUCAAGGUUCAAGUGAAAAACAACACACUUGGGUUGGGAGCUGCCAUCAGUUAUGAGGACAACUGGAUUGCUCAUCAGGAUGACUUCAACCAGCUUCUGGCUGAACUGAAUAGUUGCCACGGACAAGGUGAAACAGAGUCUUCAGCCAACGAACCAAAGAAAACGUUCAGUCUUGAGGAGAAAAGUAAAUCCUCCAGGAAACGCGUUCAUUAUAUGAAAUUUGCAAAAGGCAAGGAUCUCUCUUCCCGCAGCGAAGAGGACCUGUCCUGUAUUUUUGGGAAACGAAACAAGAGUUCAAAGACUCAGGAGGACACCUCCAGUGCUGAUUCACAGGAAGAGAACCAAAACGAAGACCCUGGGGCACCUGACCCAGUGGAUAAUACGGUGACCAGCACCCUCACAGUACAAGAAUAUUUUGCUCAGCGCAUGGCCAAACUGAAGAAUUCCCACAAUGGACCAGAGACCAAGGUAGCUGAUCCUCGCGCAGCUGCAGCUAAAGUCUCUGAGCUUUCAGAAGGACUGAAAACCAAACCCAAAAAGAAAAAGAGAAGCCACAAAGAGGUCGAGGUAGAAAAUAUAGUUGAUUACGAAGAAGCAGUGGUGAAACGCUCUAGACUAGAGGGACUGAAUGGAGAAAAACUGGACGUUUCAGACACUGAAAGCCAAAUGAAGAAGAAGAAAAAGAAAGCUAAGAAAAGAUGCCAAGACAGAGGCAAUAGUUGUAACGGAGAGCCUUGUGUGCUCCCAGGUGGAGGAGAGGCUUACACUGCAAUAUCUGACAGAGAGGAUACUGGGGUAAAAGACUCAGGGGCAAAACAGAAGAAACGGCAUAAGAAAAAACAGAAAAAGCAAAAAAAAGAGGCAGCUGAAUCUACUGAAGACCGAGCACAGGGGAAGAAAAAGAAGAAACGUUUAAGCUAACUUCAUGAGGACUUCUUAAGUGCAGAAUGAAUUGCAGAUGGAUGUGUUGAAUAGGAAGCCUUCUGUAAACAUGCUAGCCAGACCCCAAAACGUUAAAUCCUCCUGUCCACAUCAGUACUGAAUCCACGGGCUGUUUAAAUCGCAGCUCUUGCUAGCAGGGUGGAAAUGUAGCAUCCCUGGGCAGCAUGGCCCAUGUCACAAAGUGUUCUACACAGUGGGGCGGGUUAGGACCUCUCCAGCAUGGUUUUGUAAAAAUAGCGAGGCACUUGCCUAUUCUGGCAUUGCCAUCCAUUACGCCUCCACUCUUCUACCAAGAGCUAUGUAUUAGCACAAACAACUUGGACUCACUGCUCCACUGAAACCACUCCCCCGGUACUAGGGUCAGAUAAGAACAAGCCUGACUUGAGCUGUGAUGAGGGAGGGCCUUUAUGCAACUAAAUGCCUCCACGUUGCUAGCCAGUACCCCCUGCUGACUACACUCUUCCCAGCCUGGGAAAAAAUGGAAACCACUUGCAUUUUUUUUUUCCUUACCAUCCCCAUUUUCACUUAUACUUGCCAAGCUUUGCCUUCUGUGAGUCUGAGCAUGUGCCACGUAGCUGCAUGUAACCUUUUCAUUGAUUUCCUUUUAUAUCUAACAUAAAGUUUGCUUCCUCUUAAAAUACUUGGUCUAAUUAAAGGAUUAUACUUGUGUGUCAGUGCUGGAGAA